UGGGUGGUUUGUGAUGAAGGUGGAGAGAAUGAGAGAAACUGACGAGGAAUAUGAAAAUGCGAUCCACGUCAUCACUGUCAGUUAUAGCAGGCUGCUGCCGCUAUCGUGCGCCUCUGAGAUUAUCCUUUUUAAACCUCACUCCUCCACCCUUAAAUCACCACCGCCUUUGCAUCAUCCCUCCGCCGCAUCUGGCCGCCGCCGCCGCUGCUACCUUCUCCUCUCGUUGCUGCCGCCUUCCUGAUCCCCAUCCAUCAACGGGGAACUCUCUCUUCUCCAGUAUGGAGCGAUUCUGGAGUGGAAGUAGUAUAAGUAAGAACAAAGAAAUGGUGGAGCAUUUGAAGAGCUAUGGAGUUAUGAGGUCAUCGAAAGUAGCGGAAGUAAUGGAAACCAUAGAUCGGGCUUUGUUUGUGCCCGAAGGUACACAACCGUACGUUGAUAGUCCCAUGCAGAUAGGCUACAACGCUACUAUUUCUGCACCGCACAUGCAUGCCAUGUGCCUCGAGUUGCUGGAGAACCAUUUGAAGCCCGGCAUGCAUGCCUUGGAUAUUGGUUCAGGCACUGGGUAUCUGACUGCAUGCUUUGCUGUUAUGGUUGGAUCACAAGGCCGUGCUGUUGGUGUAGAACAUAUUCCCGAGCUGGUCGAAACUUCGAUUAAGAAUAUCAAAAAGAGCGAAGCGGCUCCACUUUUUGAAGACGGAUCCUUUUCGGUACAUGUUGGUGAUGGCAGGCAGGGUUGGCCCGAGUUUGCACCUUACGAUGCCAUACAUGUUGGAGCUGCAGCACCAGAAAUUCCACCAGCACUUAUCGAGCAACUGAAGCCUGGUGGCAGAUUGGUAAUUCCAGUGGGAAAUGUCUUCCAGGACCUACAAGUUGUGGACAAGAAUACGGACGGCACACUUAGUGUUCGAAGCGAGACUUCUGUUCGUUAUGUACCUCUGACAAGCCGUGACUCUCAGAUACGAGGUUACUAGGUAGUAAGUAUUCACUGCGGGUAGAUAAAUGUUUGCUCUAUAUGUAAUUAGCCUUUCGUACUUCUUCUUAUUUCGACUUUGUACAGAAAGUGCUGGAAAUUGGUUUGGUAGUUAUGGCUGUGUAUAUUUUGUAAAACCAAUUUCUAACUCUUUUCCGCGCUUCUAAAGGUAAAUAAUAAUAAAACACGUGGUUUGUUUUU